AUGGAAUCAGGAGAAUUCUGGAUUGGUGCACACUCGAAUAAAAAAGAUAUAUGGUAUUGGAUAGACAACAAUAAAAAAUUGAAACUUGAUCAUACUUUUAUGGGCGGUUUCCGUCUAUGGGAUCCUUCUGAGUUUGUCUCUAGUGUUGAUAGUUGUUUAACAAUAUAUGGAAAAAGACACAAUAUUCCAACUUUCAUUCCUCUUCAGUGUUCAAAAAAGAGAACCUUCAUUUGCGAACGAGUGAUUGAUAAAAUUGGCAUCGAGGCUAAUAAAAUUGGUGUUGUAAAAAUAGAGAACGGAGAAUUUGUUCUCUAUUCAGCAAAAGCAACUUGGGCUGAAGCUGUCGCUUAUUGUCGACUACAAAAUUUUCAAAUUGCUGAAGUAAAAUCCAAAGAAGAAGCUCGUCUUGUAGCUUCUUCAAUGUUAAAAGCGAGGCCUGAUAAAAUCGAGAGCGCAUGGAUAGGUGGUCACUUUAAGAAUAACAUUUGGAAAUGGGUAGCAUCCAAUGAGAUCAUAGAUACUAAUAAAUUUUGGUCAAACAAUACUCUAAUGGCCACUGGAUGUUUAUUAUUAGACAGUCAUAUUUUCGAAGAACCAGUCUACAUUAGUGCCAAAUGUAAUCGGAAACGAAACAUAUUAUGUCAGAAAACCACUGCGAAAGAAUUAAUCAGCAAAUUGCCAACACCAUUGGAAGUCGAUGGUUGUCCUUAUUGGAUUGGAACUUAUCCUCUAAAUUGGCUUGAUGCUAGUAGAGCAUGUCUUGCUAUUAAUGCAUCAUUGGUAAUUUUCGAUUCAGCAGAAAUUAUAAAUCAUAUGAUGAAUCUCAUGGCUGAUUACAAUCACGAAUUGCGACGUAUUUGGACCGAUGGAUACAGGAGACAAAACAUUUCCAAAGAAGGAAAUAAUCAUUGGUAUUGGAAAAGCACUGGGAAUCCAAUAUCUGAGUCUAAUUUUAUUCCCUGGUGCUCCGAUUGUUACGGGAGUGAAUAUGAAAAUUGUUUAAAUUUAGAACGAGAUAAUCGCAAGACGCCUGUGGUUUACGGUCUGAAUUGUAAGAGAAAUCAAACUUACGUCUGCCAACCAUGGAAAGGGCAUUGCGUUUCACACCGAGUGCAAGACGAUUUACUGAUGAAUUCUGAUUUUCUGAAUUUGUAUUCGGGUCUUGCUGACAUGAAACCGGUAAAAACGCCAACAAUUGUGCUAAGUCAGAAUUCUUCCACAGAAACUAAAGAAGAGAACGUGCCUUUCCUUUACGAGGAUGUCAGUAACAUGAAAACAUUUCAUAGCACUGAAUCUUAUUAUUCGAGUUCACUGUCCUAUGCAACUUCACAACAAGUGAAUUUUUUCCUCAAAGAAGAAGCUACUGUGUCGUCGGUCAUCAAAGAAAUCUCCAAGAAAUUUGAAGAUAAUCACAAAAAUUCCAAAUAUAAUUUACUCGAAUCAACAGAGGUAAACGAAACAAAUUCACUAAAUUUCAUUAUUCAACUUUUCAGUCUGCAAUUUACACUACCAUCUUUGCCGCAGUUUGGUAUUAUUAAGGUGGUCAGUGCCGAAGAUGCUAAUCCAGAGAAUGUUUCUCAAAAAGAAUUUUCCAAAACACAUGAGUUUGAAAAUACUGAACCGACUUUUGAACAAACGGCAACGACAAAUGCAAUAUUAACAGAAGAGAUAGUAACUACUGAUGGUUUAUACGGAGCAAAUGUUGAUUAUGACGAUUCAGCUUCUACAACUUCGGAAAUUGUGGAAAGGAUUACAGAAGCAACGACUGAUAAAGAAUUUCUAAAAACAAACGAAACUUUGAUUGCAGCAAAUAUCACUAAGGAUCUGAAUAUUUCGGCUAUUCUUCAAAAGGUGAUAGAAGAGGAGCUGCAGUUACUGAAUCAGAAAAAUGAAUACACAACUAGUAGAAAAUUUCUAACGAACUCGGGAAGUACAAGUGAACCAGAAAAUGAAACGGAGAUUAUAAUUCCUCCUUAUUUCGCAAUUGAAUCUCCCUUGAGUGUCGAACUUAGUGCAGAUAUGGAUAAUUUUGUACCAACAUUAAAAACCACAGAACGAACUAUUACGAACGAAGGAAUUAUCACCAAAAAGACUCCGGACUAUGAUGAUCUAAAGAUUAAUCCUUACGAUAAAAAUUCUAUGCUCCAACUUGGAAGAUUCUUCAAAAAUAUUUUUGCUGACAAAACUUCCAAUGCACAAACAAUUAAUUUAAAUUUGAUUUCUCGUCCAAAUUCGCCAGAGGAUAGUCAGAGUAUUUUGGAGAAAAAUUAUAUUCAAAGGGAUACGAAGGGUCGAAAGGAACACAUCGAAACAAGUGAUUCUCCUUCUACUUUUCCUCUAUUUUACCGUCUUGUUGAUUUGCUCAAAAAAUCAGACAGUAACAGCAAAAAUGGAAAUAAUAAAAAAAGUGCUGGUAGCAAUCCUCAGAAACUGUUCAACAUUCUCAAAAAUUUAAUAAAUGGGGUAAGAAUUGACAUAAACGAGACGCGAUUGAAAACUUACGUCCAAAAAUUCGUUAGGGAAAAGUUAUCAAAAAUUUACGAUUCCUAUAGUAGUAAAUCAGAUAAUUGGCGCAAAAAUUUCGAAAACAUACUCAAAUUACUAAAUGGUACGACAGUAAACUUUCAAGGCGAGAGGGUACAAAUUCGUCUUGGAAGUUUUGCUUAUAAAAAGCAACCAGUUAGUCAAGAAAAAGAAGGAAAAAGAAUAGAAAAUAAAACCAAACCUUUAAAUGACGAGAAAAAUUCGUUUAGCCAUAAUCAUUAUCCGUACGUGAAUAAAUCAACGAAACAAAGAAGUAAAUACGAAAAAGAGUAUAUUUCCAACGAUGGAAUUUUUUCGAAAGUUCUUAAAAGAGCCAAAAGUAGAAACCAAGUAGUGAAGAAAUCCAUAAAUGCAGAAAGUACCCUCUUAGCAAAGACUGAAGAAGCUUCGAUUACGAAUUCUGAUUCUAAAAAAAGCAGCAAGGUAUCAGAAAUGGUAUCGAUUUAUUUUAUUCUAAAGCAAUCUAAUGAUUUAAUUCCAAUUUUGGAACUUCAUAUCCGAAUGCCGGCGAAUUCUAAUUUUGACAAAGGAUCAAUAGAAAAUUCUCGAUCUUUAAGAAGAUCAGAAAUUAAAAAAAUUGACAGUGCGGAAAAAUUUGAAAACUCACAAAUAGGAGAAGGAAAUGAAAAAUUUUUAGAACUUGACAAGAAGAAGUUAAGUGGCGAAGAAAAUCGUUCUGCUCUUAAUUAUAAGAAAAGAAGUGAUUUUGUGAAAAAUAUUAUUAGUAAUGUGACGGACUUUGGAUCUAUUUCUGACUUGAGACGAAAACGUCAAUUAUUGUUCUUGGCACUCAAAUAUUUGAAACUCAUAACUGACGAGAGGGAGAAGGAAUUAUCUGGCGGGUAG